UCAGAGUAAUGCCAAACUCCCUUUGAGUGGGAUGAGAAGAGCAGAUGCCGCAAUGAGAUGCCAAAGCGGCUCCCCUUCCUCUGCGCCUUGGGUGCCUAUAAAUUGCUCCGGCGCGCGCUUGUCAGCCUCCUCUUCUCCUGGCAGGUGGUACCCAGGCAGAAUUCUGCGUUCAGUCUCUCUCUCGCUCCGCUCCCGGCGGUGAGGCGCUCGCCGCUGCCCGCCAGCCCCUCCGCUCCAGCCCGGAGCCUCCCCGAGCCGCCGGUGCCCAGCGCCGCCGCUCCGCGCCCCCGGGGGGAGCCUGGCCUGAGCUCGCGCGGCCGGCGCGGGGUUUGGGGGAUGCGCAUCUAUUAGAGUUCUGGUGGUUGCCAAGGAGGAAAAGAAGAAAACAAAAACAAAAACAAAAAAGGCAGAAGGAGGGCGAUCCCAGCGAGCGAAAGAAGAGGAGGCAGAAAAAGGCAACUUCAGACGGAAAGUUGGUGCGAAUUGGCGCAGUAGGCAAAACCGGCAAAGUCGAUCGCGGGCGGCGGCGGAAAAGUGUGAGCGGCCCCCGCGAGCGCGAGGGGCUGCGGCGGCUCUGCCCUCCCGGGGGCCGCGCCGGCGCCGGCGGCAGCCACAGGUGCGAAGGGGCUCGCGGGCGGCGAGAGGGCGCCCCGCGCACCCCACCCCCUGCUCGGGGACUUGCGCGCAAGUCGCCGGGCGUCCGAGCUCCCUCCCCAGCCGCAGCCUCGGCUGGGGGGGAGCGAGAGCAGGCUAGGAGCGGCUGGCGCGCGCGCCCGCCCAGGGGACUCGGGGUUCGCAGGGGGCUGUUUUCGGCUCUGAGGAGGUCCCCGCCCAACCUUCAAAAUUUUGUCCAAAAGCAGACAAGAGGAUCGCCCCGCGCUGAGCCGGCUGGUGGGCAGCAGGAGGCGCCUGAUCGCCGCCGGGGCGCUGGGGGUGGUGAUGGUGCUUCUGCUGGUCGUUCUCAUCCCGGUGCUGGUGAGCUCGGCCGGCACGUCGGCGCACUACGAGAUGCUGGGCACCUGCCGCAUGGUCUGCGACCCUUACGGGGGCACCAAGGCGCCCAGCACGGCCGCCACGCCCGACCGGGGCCUCAUGCAGUCCCUGCCCACCUUCAUCCAGGGCCCCAAAGGCGAGGCAGGCAGGCCCGGGAAGGCGGGUCCGCGGGGGCCCCCCGGUGAGCCCGGGCCGCCGGGCCCCGCGGGCCCGCCGGGCGAGAAGGGCGAGCCCGGCCGCCAAGGCCUGCCGGGCCCUCCCGGGGCGCCCGGCCUGAACUCGGCCGGGGCCAUCAGCGCCGCCACCUACAGCACGGUGCCCAAGAUCGCCUUCUACGCCGGCCUCAAGCGGCAGCACGAAGGCUACGAGGUGCUCAAGUUCGACGACGUGGUCACCAACCUCGGUAACCACUACGAUCCCACCACGGGCAAGUUCACCUGCUCCAUCCCGGGCAUCUACUUCUUCACCUACCACGUCCUGAUGCGCGGAGGGGAUGGCACCAGCAUGUGGGCCGAUCUCUGCAAAAACAACCAGGUGCGUGCUAGCGCGAUCGCCCAAGAUGCUGAUCAGAAUUACGACUAUGCGAGCAAUAGUGUGGUUCUUCAUUUGGAGCCAGGAGACGAAGUCUACAUCAAAUUAGAUGGUGGGAAAGCCCACGGAGGAAACAACAACAAAUACAGCACAUUUUCUGGAUUUAUUAUCUACGCUGACUGAUCAUGCAAAAACUAAGCUUAUUACUCUGAGUUUGGACACUGGAAUCGUAUGGCUAACGUCAGUGAAUCGAGGACCCCAGGGGAUGCCGGAUGCGGGGCGCCUCAGCUGUGUGUAUGUGGGGAAUUCAAAUGCUACCUGACUCACAUCUGUAUACUCAGAAACAUUAUGUAAAAAAAAAUAUUAAAAGCAAGAUAAGCAGAUGUUGAUCCACUACCGCCAAAGCAAAUAUUCCUAUUGUUAGUGUCCAUGUGAAUGAAGUCCUAUAUAGAUCACAAAUUUUUAUAGAAAAAUCUAAGACACUGAAUUAUUUCCUCAAUAUAUAUGAUACUUUGGUGUACUGUGAUCUUGCUGCUUUUAUCCAUAUGUCAGCUUUGGUUCUUGUGAGUUUACCUGCUUAUUAUGAUACUCGGGGUCCAUUCAUAGUGUGGGGAAGAAUGAUUUUUACCCUGCAGGAGGAGGUCUCAUUGACAUAAUGCUGCUUUGUCCCCAAAGAAAUUGUCUGCCUUGUACUCCUGUUAACUUUAGAGCUAGACCUGGGAAUGAUUCAACUUUAAGCCUUAACCUGGAAUUUUCUGGAUUUGAGGGAAUUCCCAAGCCUGUGAUCAUGUUUCACAUUCUUUUUCUUAGGAAUCUUCUUUCCUCUCUUCUCGGGUGAUAGUCUGUAAAAGUAGAGAUUGAACUUGUAUCAUAGGAUUACCCUCUAAGUGUGUAAAUGUGUAACUACGUAUGGUAUUUAGAAAAUCCCCCUGUGUCCAGUUUGUCAAUAGAAUGCAUUUAGGUUUACUUGGAAAGUCAGAGAAAUUUAUUCUUUGGUGUUAAAUCAGACUGAGGCUUUUGCCUUCUUUGGAACAAAAGAUUAUUCGUAACCCAAUGCAUAUAGGUUUAAUUUGCACUGGUGCAUGCGUCA